CCGUGUACGACGCGUCGUUGUUUACAAAUUGUUGUUCUGUUGCUAAUUUUUCGCGCGUGUACACAUAAAUUAUUAUGUUUUAAUUUCAAAUGCGUAUCAUAAAUAUCAUAAAGCGUGUAUAUAAAUGAGAAAACAUACAUACUUAUGUAAAAAUUACGAAACAUAUAAUAAAUUGUGCGUGUAGUAACACGAAAAUUAUAUGAAAAGAAAAAUUGGUGCGUGUAACAAAAAUAUUUUUUUUCUAGAAAAUACCGCAUUAAACCAAAUUUGACACAGUUGACCAUUAAAUUUCGACUGUUAACGUGGUUUGAAAUGUCGCAAUAUGUAAAUACUUCGAACUCAGGUGCCAAACGUUAUUGAUGGAACAAUUAAGAUGCGCUCAACUUUAAGCGGCAAGAGCCAAAAAUACACGAAAAUACUUAUCACGCAAUAUGAGAGCAAAAGCUUCUUAAUGUAGGCGUUAAGGCAGUGAUGAAAAAAAAAACAAAGAAAAAAUGUAAAACAACCUGUAAUGCUUCAUUAAUUAACAUUUUACAUAAAACUCUCAAUAUGAUACGGUAUGAUUAGCGUCUAUUUCAGUGCGAAUAGUGUAUGAAAACAAGAGCUUUUUUCAAAUAAAUAGAAACGGCGGAUCACAACAAAUGAGUAAUAAUUGAAAACUACAACGAAAGCUACGAAAAUCGGGAGGAGCAAAGUUUCAUUGAAUAAUUUUUUGUAUAUCAACUGAUUAGACACCUAAUAGGCGCGUAGUUUCAUUAUCAUGUAGAUAAGAGUGUUCUGUUUCGCAGGAAAUAGACUGAAGUAUUUAUAAUUUAUAGCAACUAAAAAUUAAAUAAUGCACAUACGCACAUAUCUCUAAAGUGCAACAAGUGCUUUAUGAUUUAGCAAACAGAAAAGAAAAACAAACGAAAACAAAAACCAAAACCAAAAAUAAAAUAGAAAAUGAAGCGUGAAUGAGUGCUGAAGCUUCACGAAUGUGCAGACGUCUAUUUGUUGUCAUCAUCGUCUAUCAGCAACUGAUUUGUUGUUGGUUGAAUCGUAGAAGAGUGCUGAGAAAAAAACAACUACACAUUAAAAAAUGUGCAGUACAUUGUGCUCUGACAAAAAGUAAAGAAGUCGACAGAAUUCAAAGGUAAACACACGUGUGCAUACAUACAUGCAACUUCUAAACAUUUGAUAUUGUUCAAAAUAAAAUAACUUUGCUAAUUGUCUGAAGCGCCAUAACAAUAAAGCAGUAAAGCAAGAUAUAAAUAUAAAUUAGUCAAAUAAUUUGCAUUUAUUUAGUGAAAAAAUCUAACUGCGCAGCAAAAUGGAAAGUUAAGACGACUAUGCAUUAGAAUAACUGUGAAAAAUUGCGCACCGAAUGAGUGAUGUGUAGAAAAACUAUGCGUUUGCUCAUAUGACAGUUAAUGUGCUUCAGCUACACAUAAAAAUAAAUAAUAAUUACCUUCAUAAAGCCAAAAAGUUUAUAAAACAUCGAAAACAUAACAGUAUGGAAUUAAUUAGUAACGGGUUCCUUUGGUCAAAAUAAUUGCUCGGACUGCGUAUUUACUUGCACACAUUAAUUUCAUAAAAGAAAAUUAAAAAAUUAAUAAACAUAUUGUAAAUAAAUGAAGACAUUACGUACCUGAAAUCGGAUAUGGCACGAUGAUUGUGAUUUACAGACUAAUCGAACUACUAAUAGAACCAACUACGAAAAUAUACUGCAACUACUAUAAAUAAUAUAGAAGAGUACCAACUAUAAACAUAUUUCUGCAUUUUUUAAAAUAUUUAUUUUCAAACGCUGCAUUUAUCACACUCGCAUUUUUAAACUGCAAGCACACUAGCGCUAAUUUUACAAAAAAAAAAAAAAAAAAUUAAUCGACAACACUUAGUAUUUGUCGAAUUCGAAAUAAACGAACUGGCGGACUUAGUGAAAAAACUAUGCUACAUACACAGAUCGAUCGACCACGCACGUAAACAAAGCAGCCAGUGCUUAAAUCUAAAAGCUUCAUCGAAUGAAUAAUCACUACAAUGCAGAAAACAAUUAAGAUUUGCAAAAUAAAUUGAAUUUUUCAAACAAUAAAUGCUUAAAGCACAACGAAGCGAUUCAUAAAACAAUUCAUCUAUCCAGCAGUUCAUUUAGAAUUUCGAAGUAAUCAUGGAACGGAAUAUUUUUGGAACACUGCGAUCAUCGCUCUUACUUCAUUGGCUUGCAAUUCUCAUGCUCUUACUCACUCAUGUCACAGUUAGCCAAUCUACAGAAGCUGAGACGCCGUUGGUAGCAAAUGGAUUCCCGAAGCAUUAUCCGUAUUACUAUGAAUAUAACUGUUUCACGGAUGGCGAUACUCUGCCGGACAUCCCAAACUUGCAAGACCAUCCCAUUGGGCUGCAAGUUUCCGAUCGCGCUUUACACCAAGUAAUGAGUCGCAUUUUUGCCAUUGUUCUGCGCGAGAAACUCAAUUACCGUAAUAUCUCAUUGGUGCCGCUCAAGUACACAUCAAAUAUUUCUAUUAACCAAUACGAAGAGAACAGUUAUCGCUACAUAUUCGAACAGUUGAAGUACUCACCUUUUUCCAACAUGACCAUGAUCAAUGUAGCCGUUUGGAUGCCCGCUUUGGUGCGAUCAAUUGUGCCAGACACCAUCAUUGAGGGUGGCAUUUCGAUAACGCCCGGGCGAUUUGGUUGGUUUGUGCCCAAAAGUCAAGUCGAAAUGCCACUGGAGCUGGCUGCUUACAGCCUGCACUACAGUGUGUUCCUCAAUCAGUCGCAUGUGGACUAUGGACGUUACGUCAUAUCUCAGGAACUAUUAGACGAGCUGCGGCAUGGUAAAAAUUACGAGGAGUACAUAAGUCCGAAUUGCAUUAGAAGCUCCUGUGUUACAUUGCUUGCUGAGCAUAAGCCUGAUACCACCUUUGUCAUGCACCACAUUCAAAAUACCAGCAGUUAUGUUAACAUUCUCUGGUUGGGUGUAGAUUUUCGCGAAACAAUACGGCUUUUGUACGCCAAGUAUCAGUCCAAUGCCAGUGGUGAGUACCUCGAUAAACGCUUCAUAGUACUCCACUGGACCCCGUCUAUUGUCAUCGAUGGCGAAAUUCAUUUUUAUCAAAUUACACUACCGCGUUGUGAGGAUUUGUCUAUACUGCAGUUAACUGCAUGCAAAUACGAACUCACGCCAGUACUUAAAUAUUACGAUCAGCGCUUGGGUAGGAGCGAAGAACGUUUGGUGUCUACUUUGCGUGAAUUUCAAAUUCACGAUCAUAUGCUGCACGAUCUGCAAUUGAGUAAACAUUGGAAAAGAAACGACGAAGAUAUCGAGGAUGUCUAUAACCAGGUAGCAUGCAAAUGGUUGAAGUCGAACGAAGACGUUUACACACAAUGGAUCAGCACCAAGUCAACCAUUAAAUUAUACAUUGGUGGAAUAUUCCCGCUUACUGAUUUUAGUCGUGGUCACCAGAAUCUCGAGAAAGCUGUAAGGCAAGCGGUUGAAGCUGUAAAUCGUAGUCAUUUAUUGCAAAAUUAUCAUCUGGAUGCGCAAAUCCAUGACGGUCAAUGUAAACCGGAUGAGGUCAUGAAAGUGUUCAUCCACUACUUCACCGAACCACGCGUGCUGGGUGUACUUGGACCGGCUUGUAGCGAAACAGUCGAACCUAUCGCAGGCAUUUCAAAGCACACAAAUAUGGCAGUGAUUUCUUAUUCGGCUGAAGGUGCCUCGUUUGCCGAUCGGCGUGCCUAUCCCUAUUUCUUUCGCACAAUUGGCUCCAAUCGACAGUAUGAAGAUGUGUACAUAGAGCUAAUGAAAUUUAUGGGUUGGAAACGGGUGGCCGCGCUAACGGAGGAUGGACAAAAGUACACAGAGUAUAUAUCGCAUAUGGAGACGGCUAUGAAGCAAAACAAUUUGGAAUUGAUUACUAAUAAAAAGUUCCUGAGUGAUGUAAAAGCUGCGGAAAUGAAUAAAUAUUUGUUAGACCUAAAACAGAAGCACGCCAAGAUAAUUAUUGCGGACAUACAUAACAGGAAUGCUGAGCUGGCGCUUUGCGAGGCCUACCAUUUGGGUAUGACUGCCUACGAGGGCUACGUGUGGUUUUUGCCUUCCUGGAUAUCUAAAGACUGGAACACGCUGGAUAUCAAUCAUAACUGCACAACUGAGCAGCUGCAAAAGGCCUCGGAAGGUCAUUUCAGUAUAAUGCACACACCAUUUGGCGAUCCUGAUGCGAUUAUGCAGGAAAAUAUAACUGUGGGAGAGUGGCUGACGUUGCAUUCCGAAAACAAUACUUCACUCUCCAACUACACUGGGUUCGCCUACGAUGCUGUUUGGGCUUACGCCCAUGCCGCUGCCAGACUUUUGGAGGAGAACGAGGAUGCUGUGAAUAGCCUGCGUUCUGGCAAUGUAGUCACGCGUUUUGUGGAGCUUAUAUGGCAGACGAACUUCACUGGCCUUUCCGGGCCAAUACAAUUUGGUCAAGGUGGCUCGCGUAUUACAAACAUAGAUAUAGUGCAGUGGCGGCAGAUGCAAUUUAAUAGCGUGGGCAAGUUUAAGCCAAGAGUGGUAGGCGCGAACAAAAACAUGCGCACCGAAGGCGGUCAAUUGAGUUUAAUGGAGAGCAAGGUGGUGUGGUUUUCUGGCGGGCAGCGACCUGCGGACGGUACCUACGAUUGUAGUUUUGCCGCUUUAGCGAAAUUCCUAAACAAGGAUUGUUCCAGCGCUGCUUUCACUUUUACGACGAUUAUGUGUCUUUUAGUAGUGGUGAUUGUGUCGCUGACUUCGUUCCUUUUCUGGAAGAAACUUUAUGAUAAGAAACUCAAACAGUCAGCAAAGAUAAUGAAGAAUUUUGGAAUUGACUUACUUUCACCAUCUCGCAACAAGGGGAACACACUCGACAAAUGGGAAGUACCCAAAGAAAACGUCGUACUAAAUCGACGCUUGGGUGAAGGCGCAUUCGGCACAGUAUAUGGCGGAGAGGCGCAGAUUGGUGCAAGCGGCUGGAGUGCGGUAGCUGUUAAAACGCUGAAGGCGGGUGCCUCUACAGAAGAUCGAUUGGAUUUCCUAUCCGAGGCUGAGGCGAUGAAACGUUUCAAUCACAAGAACAUCGUCAAAAUGUUAGGUGUUUGUUUGCAAACGGAGCCAAUUUACACUAUCAUGGAAUUCAUGCUGUAUGGCGAUUUGAAAACAUAUCUGCUUGCGCGCCGCCAUUUGUUGAAUGAAAAAGUUUCCGAAGACUCAGACAUCUCUUCCAAACGUUUAACGAUGUAUGCAAUGGAUGUGGCACGUGGGCUCUCAUAUCUGGCUAGACAAAAAUAUGUGCACCGCGAUUUGGCAUGCCGCAAUUGUCUGGUAGAUGCGCAGCGCGUGGUUAAACUCGGUGAUUUCGGCAUGGCUCGCUCUACUUACGAAAGUGAUUACUAUCGUUUCAACCGAAAGGGAAUGUUGCCUGUGCGCUGGAUGGCGCCUGAAUCACUGGCGCUUGGCAUGUUCACGCCAUCCUCGGAUGUAUGGGCGUUUGGUGUGGUUCUAUAUGAGAUAAUCACUUUUGGCUCUUUCCCCUAUCAAGGUCUCACCAAUAAUCAAGCAUUCGAGUUCAUUAAAAGCGGCAAAACGAUGAAAAUACCGGCUGGUGUUAAGCCACCUUUAGAGGGCUUGAUUAAAGCGUGUUGGAGUCAAGAGUCAAAGAAACGUCCUACGGCUGCCGAAGUGGUUGAUUACAUUUCCAAUUAUCCGCGUUUAUUGAUGCCAUGCUUGGACUUCCCCAGUGCCUCGGUGGAGAUGCCAGAAACCGAAAGUGAUGAGCUUAAGCUGUUGCCCAAGCCGCGUAAGUGUUCACCAAACAAGCAAGACUCUACGCUCGACAUUUUGGCACAAACAUCAGCCAUGAAUCAUUUUGAUUGCUCGAAUGAUUUAAUUGAUAGCACCGAUGGGCCGAAACAUACAAAUAUUGAAAUACCCACAAGCUGCACGUUAAAGUCCAACUUAACGCCGCUUAUUAUGAAUAAUAACAAUACAAAUACUAAUAAAACGAUGUGUUUGGACGCUUGCUCAGGUACAACGCCCGAUGGCUAUAGUAUCAUGUCGCCGCUGUUAAUGCAUCGCAUCAGCGAGAGUUCAGAUUCUUCUCAGGCGAGACUUAUUAAGAAAUCCUCUCUAGAGACACUGCAACAGACAGAAUUUUGAGAGGAAUAUUUGAGUGUGGAUGAGAAAAUUUCGUAUGGUGAAAAAGUCCUCAGCUGUAACUAUGGUACAAUAAUAGCGUAACUAUCCGCAAGCUUAGCUUGGCGGCAAUUGCCAUUUUUAAUUUAAUUUGCAUACACAUUUGUACAUAUCACACAUACAUAGAGAUAUAAGACGAAAUCAUGAAACUUAGUGUGGCUUAGUGCAGUGCAACUGCGAUAUAAGGAACCU